AUGGCGGAAGAGCAUGGAUUUCAAGCAUCCGAAGGCCACCGUUUGUGUGCAAAUAAUUGCGGAUUUUUUGGCAGCCCUGCUACUAAAGAUUUAUGUUCUAAAUGUUACGGGGAUCUUUUCCUGAAAGAGACACAAAAGAAUUCAAAAUCCAGCGGUUCUCCUUUAUUUACAUCACCGCCUUUGGUUGCGCCGUCGUCAUCCGUGGUGGAGACGUGGCCAACAGUAUCCUUGCCGGAUAAUUCUCCUGUGGCGGUGCAACCUGUGGUGGAGCACCAGCCCAGCAGGUGCUUUACGUGCAGGAAGAAGGUGGGGUUAAUAGGUUUCAGGUGUAGGUGUGGGACCACCUUCUGCGGGAGUCACCGGUACCCGGAACAACAUGGAUGUACCUUUGAUUUCAAGGCCAUGGGGAAGGAGGCCAUUGCGAAGGCCAAUCCUGUGGUCAAAGCUGAGAAGUUGGAGAAGAUAUGA